AUGGCAUCUAUUCUUCGAUUUAUCCGUGUCAAGGGCGAUGACAGGCACGGAUACGAGACGACAAAAUGGAUCAACCCCGACAUUGCGCCUUUACCGCCGCAUCGUCGGACGUGGGGUUAUCUGGCCUUCUUGGGAUUUGGUUCCAUCGCCAAUCUCUGCAUCACAGCCUGGACAGGCGGCUCCUCCCUUCUGUCUCUUGGCCUCACUGUCCGACACACUAUAGGAGUCAUGUUCGUGUCCAAAGUCCUCAUGACGCUUCUAGUCAUAGGGAAUGGCUGGAUGGGUGCGGAAUGGCACAUUGGGUUUACCGUGUCACAAAGAAUGGUUCUGGGGAUGAAUGGCGCUUAUAUAGGCCAGGUUAUCCGAAUCAUACUCUCCAUCGUAUGGUACGGCUCCCAGGCCUGGCUUGGAGGCCUUUGCGUGUCCGCCAUGUUGAGCAGCUGGAGUUACAGCUUUCUGACAAUGCCCAAUACCUUGCCAGAAAGCGCGAAAAUGGUGACCAGAGAGCUUAUUGGAUUUCUUAUUUUUCAGAUUAUUUCCAUCCCCGCGCUGCUGAUACGUGUUGAAAGAGUCGCACUGCCUGUUACGAUUGCAAACAUUAUCACAUUCUUUGUGAUGAUGGGCAUAACUAUAUGGGCCUGUACAACUGCUGGGGGCCCUGGUCCAAUGUUUACCGAAGGCACCACCCAGGCUGCGACUCUGUCUCUGGGAUGGGCUUGGGUUUAUGGCAUCGUGGCAUCGGUUGGAGGGAUCUCGGCAGGAAUCUUGAACCAGUCUGACUUCACCCGUUUUGCCAAAAAGCAAGGCAGCCAAGUCCCAGGCCUGAUCUUCGCGAUAUUUGUGCCUGGCACGAUCGUGCCCAUAUUCGGGAUCCUGACAGCAUCAGCGACCAUGGCCAUAUACGGCGAAGCCUUCUGGAACCCACUGGUGCUCAUUCACCAGUGGAUGAUAGAUAGCUAUGACGCGAAAUCACGAGCAGCAGCCUUCUUUUGCUCCCUGGGGUUCGUGAUCAGUCAGCUAGCCGAAAACACUCUUGGGAACGGGUACGCGGCCGGAAUGGAUCUUGCAGGUCUCUUCCCGAGUUGGAUUACUAUCAAAAGAGGGGGGAUCAUAUGCGCCCUUCUCUCCUGGGUAGUCCAGCCAUGGCUAUUCUAUAACACAUCCUCGGUAUUUGUCGUGGUGAUGGCUUCGUUUUCGGUCUUCAUGGGCCCACUGACUGCUAUUAUGCUCGUGGAUUACUUCAUCAUUAGGAAGCAGCGCGUUCAGCUUAGCCAGCUCUACACGGGCUCGCCAGAAGGAUCGUACUGGUUUACAGGAGGAUUUAACUGGAGAUCACUGUUCGCAUGGGUCGUGGGCUUCGUUCCUGGAAUGCCUGGAAUGAUUGCAUCAGCUAAUCCGAGUAUUCCUGUCAGCAAAGCUGCCCAUGAAUACUACCUCGGAAAUUAUCUUUUUGGGUUUAUCAUCUCGGGCUGCCUUUACUAUAUCCUUUGCUUGAUCUUCAAGGUUGAAGGAGCAGGGCUCCAAGAUGAGGCUGAUAUCUACGGCACGUUCUCCUCAGAAGUCGCGAUGAGCAAAGGGAUCACCCCAUUCGAACCUAAUAAGGUACCGGAAGACUCAGGUUCGGGGGUUCAUAUUAGAGAAGCAGCAGAUCUUGAAGCUGAGGCAGCGCCAAAACCUUGA